CUGUACCCAAUCUUAAUGCUGACAUCCAUUUUCGUGAUACCCGUGAGGCAGUCAACACUGUUGACAACAGUAUCAGAACAGAACAGACUCUACAUAUUCCCAGUGUUGUGUUCUCUUUGGCGUGACAUGAUGAGUGCAGCAUCCCGGCCAUAUAAAGUGUGGAGCGGUGACAGAAGCAAUAAGAAGUCUGUGACAGCAUCAACCUUGCAGGAAUUCACCAGUAAAGCAAAGGAGAAGCUAGGACUGCGCCAUGAUGAGCAAGUGACUGUGGUUUUUGAGGCUGAUGGUACAGAGGUGGAUGAAGAUGAUUACUUCCAGUUCCUGCCUUUCAACACAACACUCAUGCUGCUUGCCCAUGGACAAAAAUGGAAGGGCCAGGGGGAAGUUGAGGGUAAGGAUGAGCCAGACUACAUGAUGCCUUCCGGGAAGCAGGUCUCCGAUAGGGUGUGUCAACUGGCUGGAGGACUGAAGAGAGAGAUUACCAGACUUAUCACUUUCUCAAAUGAAGAUCUGCAGGAGAUGGCUGACAUGGACAAAGGUGCUUUGGCCAUGUUGCUAGGAGAGACUGAAACAUAUGCACAGUCGGUGCAGGAGGCGUGUCAGCGGCACCUUGACGAGCGACACCAGACGACCGAGGCCAUGGAACUGCUGAAACUGUAUCACAAGGCGCGGGAACACAGCCCCUACGUGGAGGGAGAGGAUAACAGUAAACGACAAAAGUUUGCACAUACUUGAACGAUGACUCUCAUGUCUAAUUUUUACCGGUACUAUUGUACAUGUUUACAUUCAUGAUUUGUGUUACAUAUUAUUUACCAUCAAACAUGUAUACAUUUAGAGCUUUUUUGUUGCAUCUACAUCCGUUUCUUUUUUAAAUUAACUGUUGAAUAGUUUCUAAGAACUUGUUCACUAUUUUGUAAUUUGAAGUCAUUUAAACUUCCUUGAUACGAAUACUGUUUAAAUCAGAACAAUUUACUGUUUGAAGUGUUCAAUAGCAUCUUAUUUUGUGCUGUCUUGAAUUAGAAGUGCAUACGAUCAUCUUUUGUUUUUACAUUUAUUGUUGGAUCAUUCCAAGACUUGGUGGUCUCUAAAUUUGUUUAUAUUCACUUGACCCAUUGAGCUUACAUUAUUUUUCAAUAUGCAAUAUUCAUUAUACGAUACUUUUGCAAAUAAAUAUUUCUUUACU